AUGGCUCGUUCUCGACUUAGCUCGCUCUCUCCAGCCAUCCCAUUCUUUUUCCUCGCCCUCUGGGCCUCGUUCCUAAAUGCAUCGUCCGCAAGCGAUCUGUUUCCAUCCAUCCCGGAAAGCCGCACCGAUGAAUGGAGCGCGAUGCGUCGGUUAUCCAGAAUCUCGUACACGCCCAUCCGCGGCUCUCACAUCAGCAUGCGCGGUCUCACGGAAAUCGCGUCUUCAGGAGGAAUCAGAAGCGGCAGCGCGAGCAUGCGACAAACGAAGCUUCCGCAUGGAGUCAGAGCUCUGAUCGAUAACAGCGCCCAAGUAGGCGCAUCUGCGUCGAAUCCCCCGCCCAAGAACAUCGGCUACCACUGGGACGAUCCCAGUGCCGCCUACAUGUGCUCCGCGAACGCCAAGUACUGCGGAGUCAUGCACGAGCCCAUCGCAGUGUACCUCGUGUGGUACGGCGUGUUCACGGAAGCGCAGAAGCAGAUUAUGCGCACGUUUAUCGAGUCACUCAAUACUGGAAACAGCAACGACACAUCUCUGACCGUUCCCAAGUGGUGGAACAUCAACCGGCUCUACUACGACGCUCAAGGCAACUACAUUUCCGGAUCCGUCACUCUCAAGGGCGAGAUCGACGACACACUCUACUCCAAAGGCACCACUCUGUACAACUCUGGCGUCGCCGACCUCAUUUCUUCCGCAGUGAACGACGGGAAACUUCCCAAUGACAGCAACGGAGUGUAUUUCGUCCUCGGGGAUUCCAAAGUGGCUCAAGAGGACGACUCAAGCUACUCUCAGUCAGGAUUUUGCAGCAGCUACUGCGGAUGGCACGCGUACACCCACGACAACCUCGAGCUCGUGAUUUCUUUUGCUGGUAACGCAGUAACCAGGUGCCCGGAGGGCUGCAUCCCGCCGUACCUGAACCAGCCGGGGGCGGUGGCACCGAACGGCGACGCGGGGAUGGACGGGAUGGUGUCGGUGGUGGCGCAUGAACUCGCAGAGGCCACCAGCAGCCCCUUCCUCGCCACGUGGUUCAACGACCAGGGCGAGGAGAACGCCGACAUCUGCGCAGGAGACUACGGGGAUGUGACCCGUGAUGCGACCACGGGAGCGUAUUUCAACCUAGAGGGUGUUCGGGGAUCAAAGUUCAUCGUACAGGCGAAUCUCGACCCAGUUACCGGCCGCUGCGUAGUGCAGUCUGACGGGCCUGAGGCUUUGGGAAGUCCCAUGGCAAUUAAAAGUAUCAGCCGGCCGUCGUUCCAUAUACGAGCCAUCGUCGCACUCCUCCUCUUCGCCGCACUCUCAACCAUCGCCUGCGCGCGACAGCACAGACGACUCCUCAAAUGGCGCAAGCGCACGGACGAUAACCUUCUGAUGCGCGGCGCGAUGCCAGAGGGAAUCGCGCAAGUCGUCGACACGAGCGAACCCGUCUCCUCAUCUUCCGCUGCUGUAAACUCCGCGGCUCGUUCCGCCUCCGCCGCUUCUUCCGCUUCCGCCGUGUCUUCCGCCCCCGCCCCUUCCCCCGAGGCUGUGAGCCAGAUGAUCGCCUCAGCGCUCCGCGCACCUUCCUCCUCCGCCUCGAUUUUUCCGCCGCGCCACUCCCCCGCCUUCCACAACAUCGACCCGCAUUGGGAUGAUCCCGAGGUUUCCAGCGUGUGCAACCCCGUUACAAAGUACUGCGGGGUUAUGUACAAGCCCAUCUCAGUGUACCUUAUAUGGUACGGCAAGUUCACAGACGCGCAAAAGCAGAUCAUCCGCACGUUUAUCGAGUCACUCAAUAACAGCAAUGACACCGACGCUACAGUCACCAACUGGUGGAACGUCAAUCGCCUAUACUACGACGCGAUGGGCAACCAUAUCUCUGCAUAUGUGACUCUAAAGGGGGAGAUCGACGACGCAGAUUACUCCAAGGGCCGCACUCUGCUCAGCACCGACGUGGCGAAACUUGUCUCGUCCGCGGUUACCAGCAAGCAGUUCGCGAACGACCCGAACGGCGUGUAUUUCGUCAUGGGAGACCAAACGGUGGCGCAAGAAGAUGAUACUGCUCCGGAGAAAUCCGCGUUCUGCAGGAACUACUGCGGGUGGCACUUCUACACGCGCGAUGCUCUGGAACUCCCCAUCGCAUUCGUUGGCAAUGCCGCCACCAGGUGUCCCAAGCGCUGCAUCCCUCCUCGUCUCAACCGCCGCGGAGCAGUGUCCCCGAACGGGGAUGCGGGGAUGGACGGGAUGGUGUCGGUGUUGGCGCAUGAACUCGCAGAGGCCACCAGCAGCCCCUUCCUCGCCACGUGGUUCGACGACCACGGCGAGGAGAACGCCGACAUCUGCUCACACGAAUACGGGGAUGUGAAGAAGGAUGCGGUUACCGGCGCGGUGUAUAAUCUUGUUGGCGUGCGCGGGUCGAGCCCCGAGCGGGCGCGCGGAGCGCAGGGGCGGUGGGUCUCCGAGCGGAUCGAAACCGUCGGAUCGGAUCCCCCGGCCGCCACAAACGGCGCCUUUCGCGGCGGCCCGAGCGGCGACAGAGGCGGAGGCGUAGGAAGGGGAGGGGGCGGUUGGAGGGACCAAGACCGUUGGCGCGGCGGAGAGGGGUACUUAGACGGGGGGAGUCGGUUCCAAGGAAAUUUCUCACUCUUAUUCUGCCUUGAACAAACCCAUCCGUUCAAAACUCUCUCCAUGUCGCCCCCUCUCCUGUUCCCACUGCUUUCUCGUGUGGCCUUGCCCCUCCCCCCCGCUCCCUCCCUCCCCCUCCCCGUUUUCGCCCCUCCCCCCCGCUCCCUCCCUCCCCCUCCCCGUUUUCGCCCCUCCCCCCCGCUCCCUCCCUCCCCCUCCCCGUUUUCGCCCCUCCCCCCCGCUCCCUCCCUCCCCCUCCCCGUUUUCUCCCCUCCCUCCCGUUCUCUUCCCCACCACGCUCCCCUUUUUUGCAGCACGACGAUCCAUGACGAUCGGAUGAACGAGCCCAUUCGCCGCCCUCGCCUCUCAUCAGGCCUGCCCGCAGCCUCCCCUCUCCCUCCUCCCCUCUCCCUCCUCCCCUCUCCCUCCUCCCCUCUCCCUCCUCCCCUCUCCCUCCUCCCCUCUCCCUCCUCCCCUCUCCCUCCUCCCCUCUCCAGUGUUCCCUCUCGCUCCUCCCUCCCUCUCCACCCCACUUCCCUACCCCUUUCUCCUCCCCCAGACUAUUCCAGCCUCAACUGCAGCACGUGGGUUUCUAAGCCUGGCGAUUGCUCUUUCAACUCGGAGGACUAUUCCAACCUCAACAGCAGCACUUGGGGCCCUAGACCCGGUGAUUCCUCCUUUGAUUUUGAAGAUGAUGGCAAGGGGAGGAGAGAGGAGGGGCGGGGUAGGGAGAGGAAGAGGGAGAGGGAGGAGGAGAGGGCGGGAGAGAGGGAGGGCGAGAGGGGGAGGAAUGGGAGCAGGGGUAAGGAAAGGGGGAGGGAACGAGGUGGCGAGGAGAGGGAGAGGGAGAGGGAGGGUAAACGUGGGAGGUAUGAAGAUGAGAGGGAGAGAGGGGUGGAUAGGAGUGAGAGAGGAGGGAAAGGGGAGACAAGGGAGAGGGGAGGGGGGGCUGGGAAGGAGAGGGGCGAGGACCGAUGGGGUCAUGAUAAGUUUGAAGAGGGGAGGAAGGAGGUUGAAGGAGGAGGGGAAAGGGAUGUAGUUCCAAAGAGAAGGAGCUUUGUUGUUGUGGCUAAGGGUGGAAAGGACGAUUCAGCUGCUGCUGCUGCUGCUGGUGCUGGUGCUGAUCCUGCUGGUGCUUAUGGUACAGGUGUGGGCAAUGAACGCUAUGUGGUUGAUAGACCUGUUUCGGCUGGCCGGCAUCGGGAAAAGGAGAGGGACAGGGGCAGGGACAAGGAGAGGGACGGAGAGAGGGACGGAGAGAGGGACGGAGAGAGAGACAGAGAGAGGGAGCAGAGGAGGAGCGAUCGAGCCGAAAGAAGCAGGGAGCGUGGGGAGCGGGCACGUGACUGGGUCGAGGAAACGGCCAAGUACCGUGGACACUACUAUUACGGCCGCGACCAGGUUUACCCAGGCACAGCAGACUCCCGUCGCGACCGUGUUCGCACGAAUGUGGAGUCGGGGAGAAGAGGUCAUGCACCUUUGGAUGAUGGGUGGCGGGACGAGGAGCAGCCGGUGAGAGUGAGGAGUUUCAAGAGGGAGGGGGGAGGGGAGGACAGGUGGCAGCAUGACAAGUUUGGUGACGUGGCCAAGAGCCCCACGCCGCCCCCUGCUGCUGUUGGUGUUGGUGCUGUUGGUGGUGCUGCUGAUGCUGCUGGGCCUGAUAUCAGUCGGAUUGAGGCACUGCUUGCAAGCUGA